UAUAUCAUACAUUGACAACUAGCGAAAAUUAAAGCUCCAUCCGAGCGAGUGAUCAGUUUCUACUCCUAACAUGCAAAGUUUUGAUGAUUAUUGUUGGGUCCAAAACUACCACGAAACCAUCAACACCUGCAUACCCCAAUUACCCUUUGAUUCCCCUAACAUGCCCACCGCUGCAGCUGGUGACGCCAUCUCUAGCCCCAGAAUUUCUUCCUUCUCCACCAAUGCCUGCACUGCUUCAUUCCCUCCUAAAUCCACCCUCGGAAAAUCCAUCAGAAGGCGGUCCCGAGCUUCAAAGAAAGCGCCGACCACUCUCCUCAAAGCCAACGCCAACAAUUUUCGGGCCCUUGUUCAACAGUUUACGGGCUGCCACAGUGCACCUCCUGCAUUCUCCAGUCAUUGUAAGGGCCCCAUCAAUUUGAAUUUCGCGCAGUACAGUGCUUCCAACCCUGAGAAAUAUUCGUAUGAUCAGGCUCAGCGUCAAGAGUUCCGGCAGCAAGAAGAUCAAAGUUUCUUCUCAUUUGGCGCCCACAGUAUUGCUGCCGCUGCUGCUGUUUCCACUACAACCACCACUACUGCCGAUGACCACGAAUUCUUUGUUUCAUCAACAGUCAAUUAUUACAACCCUAGACGGGAUCCGCUGACUUUAGAUGAUUUUGACAUAGACAAGAUUUCGUUGCAAGAGCUGUCCGGAGUAGCAGCUGGAGAAUAUUGUUCAGGAUCAAGGAACGACGAGUUUUGGAGAUACUAAGAUUAAGGUGCUAGUAGCUAGAUUACGAGCAGGUGAGAUAUCAUCAAGU